CCCUAUGACUCUCUCUUGUGAUAUCUGUACAAUACAUUCGGGGUAAUAAAGCAAACAGGCAAACAGUUAUUGGCUUACUGUUCUUUAUUAAAGCAGCCCUUUGGGCAACAACCUCGCUCCAUUUUCAUUCCUCUUUAUUUCCCAAUUUCACAUUUUCCAACAUCAUGUCGCUCCCACAAAUCUCCAUCACGCCCUUGCUCAAGAGGCUUUGGCCCGCCGGGGUCGAGCCACACGUGAGCGCCGACGAGAUCGCAGCUGCGAUUUCGCACAUUUUUACCAAUCAGCUGUCGCCGGUCCAGAUCGGUGCGCUGCUAACUUGUCUGCAUUUUACCGGGAGGGACCGCACAGCGGAUGUUAUUGCGAAGUGCGCGAAGGCUAUGCGGGAUGCCGCUGCACCGCUGGAUAGGAGCAUAUUGGCAGAGGUUGUGAAACGGAAGGAUAUGGGAGAGGGGAAUUAUAAGGGCGGGCUGGUUGAUAUUGUUGGCACGGGAGGUGAUUCUCACCAUACUUUCAAUAUCUCGACGACUUCGUCUAUCCUGGCGUCCUCACUUCUCCUUGUAAGCAAGCACGGCAACAGAGCAUCCACCUCAAAGUCCGGCUCGGCGGAUCUCCUUGCUUCCACUCUACCAGUCCCCCCGGUGCUCUUAAACGUCAGACCAGACACCAUCGCCCAGGUGUAUGAGAAGACCAACUACGCCUUCCUCUACGCCCCCGUCUUCCACCUGGCCAUGAAGUACGUCGCGCCAAUCCGCAAAGAGCUCGGCUGGAGAACCAUCUUCAACCUCCUCGGCCCCCUCAGCAACCCCCUAGAAGGCGUCAUCGAAGCCCGCCUCAUCGGUGUCGCGCGCCGCGAUCUCGGCCCCGUUUUCGCCGAGGCGCUCAAGAUGACUGGCGCCACCAAGGCUAUCAUUGCGUGUGGUGCGGAGGAUCUUGAUGAGAUUAGUUGUGCGGGGGACACUUACUGCUGGAUGCUCAAUGAGACGGUGGUUAAUGGAGAGAAGGCGAUUGAUGUUGACCACUUCAUCGUCUCCGCUGCUGACUUUGGUCUCCCCGCUCACCCGCUGUCCGAAGUUUCACCGGGUAAGGAGCCGGUCGAGAAUGCAGCGAUCCUUAUGAACUUGUUGAAUAACAAGCUCUCGAGAGAUGACCCGAUCCUCCAUUUUGUGUUGAUGAACACGGCGGCACUAUUCGUGGCGUCGGGGAUUUGCGAGGCGGAUACGAGUAACAUGGGUCCCGGUGAUGACGGACAGGUCAUCACGGAGAGAGGUCCGGGAGGUCAGAGAUGGAAGGAGGGUGUUCGUAGGGCAAGAUGGGCGGUUGAGAGUGGCGCUGCUUUGAAGCAAUGGGGACACUUUGUGGAAGUCACCAACAGUGUGGGAGAAAAGACUCCGGAACCCUGGGUUUGAAGACCUCUCACCAGUGGCCACGUUUUGGUGACACGCUGUUGAGGGCUAGGAUUAUGGAUAUUUAUCUUGGGAUAGCUGGUUGGCAUGUAGUAUGUAUUUAGAAUGGUUUUCGACCGGCAUUAGGUCUUGAUUUAACGUUUAGAACUAUUGACUUCGGGGUCUGAAAAAAAAACGGCGACGAUGUAUAUAGCCGUUAAAUGAAGUGGAU